AUGUCGCACGCCCGCAUCGAAGAAGCAUCCGACAGCGAUCCCUCCGAGGGCGACAUCAGCGACAUCAGCGACUCUGACGACUUGGACGAGCGCGAAAUCCUACGAGCUCGUCCCUCAGCGCCGUCCAAACCCGCUCCCAGCUCCUCUAGCUCCAACAAACCGCCUCCGUCCGCCGCCCCGAAAGUUCAAACCGCGCCUGAUGGAACCCGAUUCAUGCAAGCGGAAGACCAGUCGAAAUACGCCGCUUUCCAAUGCGUCUAUCCGGUGUAUUUUGACGCGAGCAGGAGCAGGAAGGAGGGACGGAUGGUGGGCAAGGAGCUGGCAGUUGCGAACCCGCUGGCGAGGGAGAUUGUGAAUGCCUGUUCGCGGCUGGGGUUGGAGACGCUUUUUGAACCAACCAAGAUCCAUCCGAAGGACUGGGCAAAUCCGGGGCGGGUAAAGAUUAAGCUGAAGGGAGGCCGGAAUGGGAGAGUGAAGAAUAAACACCACCUCUAUAUCCUCAUCUCCGCACACCUAAAAGCUAACCCCACAACUCCCUCCACCGCCUCGCAAGUCCAGGUCCCGGGCAUCCCUCCCCGCGAUCCCUCGAAACCCUAUCCUGAGCCUUCGGUCCCCAAGGGAUGGAAGAUGAGCACGCUGCUCCCGCAUUACUCGCCCGCUCUAACAGGAGGAGGUGUUAGCGAUAACUUUCUCGGAGACAUGAUGAAGGAGAUGGGCGGUGCUGGAGGCGCGGGCGGCAUGCCUGGCAUACCUGGCAUGCCGGAUUUGAGCGCGAUGCAGGCGAUGAUGGGGGGUGGUCCGGGACCGAGUACGCAACCGCAGGGAGCGAUAGAGGGGAAGAAGAAGGAUAAGAAGAAGAAGAAAUAG